AUGGGCGCCUGGCUGAAUCUACUACGUCGCAAACUGCGAUGGGGCAAUCUCCGUCGUGCUCUUACUCGACUCCGAAUCGGCCGCGAUCCAGCCGUUCUUGGUCCUAUCCUACUUCAACGGUAUCUGGACUCUGGUUUUGAAGAUGACACUCUUCUUGAGGAUGCCACCCAAGCUCUGAGGCGGGCGGCUAUAUCAUCGGAGUUCAAGGACGUUCGAUUUAUUGCGUUGCUUAGCGCGUGCUUAAGGCUGCGCUACGAACGCUCAAAGGUGACCGAGGACCUUGAAGAGGGCAUAGCUUUGCUUCGCCGCCUCCUGGAAAUGGUUGCACUAGACCCCCGGCAUGACCAAUCGUCAUUACUCAGUAAUCUCGGAUACGCUCUUGAGAAUCGUUUCAGACUCACAGACAACGUCGAGGAUCUUGACGAAGCAAUCGCAGUCAAACGUCGCGCGAUCGAGCUCACUUCUGAUGAGAACCAUCUCAAACCCAGUCGGUUGAUCAAUCUUGGCGCUUUGUUACAAUCUCGUCAUGAACGUAAUGGCGAGCCCGGCAAUUCUGAGGCAGUUAUAGCAAUGGGACUCCGCGCCGUCGAGCUCAUGCCCGAUGUAGAUCGCGACAAGCCGGUUCACCUGGACAAUCUUGGUGAUGCUCUCGAGACUCGGUACGAGAGAACCAGAAAUAGGGAAGAUCUAGACGCUGCAGUCGCUAUGAAACGCCGCGCGGUCGAACUGACGCCUGACGGGCACGAUGAUCAGCCGGCUCACUUAUGUGAUCUCAGUCUCGUUCUGCAAAGGCGCUUCCAGCAUGCCGGCGAGCUCGAUGAUCUUCACGAAGCGGUUAAGGCAGCUCGCCUCUGCGUGGAUUGUACACCUGAUGGGGACCCAGCUCAACCGCUGCGCUUAUGCGAUCUCAGCAACGUUUUACAGUCGCGCUUUCAGCAUGCUGGCGAGCUCAACGACCUUCAUGAGGCGGUUGCAACAGCGCGCCUUUCCGUAGAGCUCACCUACGAUGGACACUCCACUAGGACGAUAGCUCUAAGUGUACUCGGAGAGGCUUUAGAAAGACGCUACGAGCGAUUAGGUGAACUCGAGGACUUCGAAGAAGCCAUAUCAGUCAAACGCCGCAUUGUUGAGCUCUUGCCUGAUGAAGAUGACGAAAAGCCAGUUUAUCUCAAUAACUUAUCCAGCACUAUCCUCACUCGUUUUAGAAAAACGGGGGAUCCCAGAGACCUUGAUGUCGCAAUGGAGUUGGCUCAUCGUGCGAUAGAGCUUACAAAUGAUGGAGACUCCGAUAAGCCGGAUCGGCUAUGCAAUCUAGGUGACACACUGCAGGCUCGCUCCGCGUACACUGGCCGACGUGAGGAUCUGGAAAGUGCCAUCUCGAUAUACCGCCGAGCUAUUGAGCUUGCAUCUCGCAAAGACGCUCUCGAACACGUUCUCCUCACCCGACUUGGUAACGCUCUACACCAACUUUUUCGUAGUGCUGGCGAGCUUGUACAUAUUGAGCAGGCAAUAUCCACGAUGCGCCUCGCCGAUGAGCUCAUACCAGAGGGGCAUUUCCACAAAUCAUCGGUCUCGAACAAUCUCUCAACUGCUCUGUUGACGCGCUUCGAGUGCGACGGCGAGCUUCGGUAUCUUGAAGAAUCCAUUUCAAGGCAACGGCGCGUCGUCAGACUCAUAUCUACCGAUAAAGACCCUCACCUGCCAACUCAAUUGAGUACCCUCGGUAACGCUUUGAUGAGACGGUUUCAGUUUCUCGGCGAGCUCGAGGAUUUGAAUGAGGCAAUAUCAACGUAUCGACGCGCCAUUGAGUUCAGUGUUGCUGAAGAGCACAGCGUCGACAGACCGGCCAUGCUGUCCAAUCUUGGAAUGGUUUUGGAAUUGCGCUUUGAACGAAUUGGAACAUUGUAUGACCUUGAAGAAGCGAUAUCAACGACAAGGCAUGCAGCUGAGCUCAUCCCUGAAGAGCACCCGCAUAAGCCGCAUGUUCUGAUCACUCUAGGUGAUGCCCUGCAGCGGCGCUUUGAGCAGGAACCCACCUUCCCUAACUUUGUUGAAACUCAUUCUUGCUUCGUGAAUGCCGCUAAUCUGUCAGCCAGUUGGCCGUCUUAUCGUCUUCAAUCCUCUCGACGCAGUGUUGAUCUGUGCACUCAGUACCCUGACUUCGGGAGCGCCGAGUCACUCCUAGAAGCCCAUUCGCAUGUACUAGAUGUUCUUCCUGAGAUCGUAUGGCUAGGCCAUAGUCUCGAUCGCCGCUACGAAGAGGCCGCCGCCCAUGCCGAAUACGUAUACGAGGCGGUAUCUGCGGCUAUCCGAUACGGCAUGUUAUCACGAGCCAUCGUGUGGCUCGAAUCGGGGAGAUACAUGGUUUGGACCCAGCUCUUGGCCUUGCGUACCCCGCUUGAUGAGCUGAAGAUUCAUCAUCCCGACAUGUUCAAAGGCUUUCGCGACGUCCAACAGCGACUGAAAGAGUCGGCCCAUAUGCCCCGAAAAGAGGGCGCGCACAUCGCGGGUGGCGAAUCAAACGCAACGAAUAGCCUCUCCGCUGUAGGCCCCGGAGAGUUGCAUCGCAGCCUCGCAGCCAAGUACGACGGUCUAUUAUCAGAGAUACGCAAUUGCGAGGGCUUCGAAGACUUCCUAAGGCCCCAAACGUUCUCAGCCUUACUCAAAUCUCUCGAGCACUUCAACGGGUACUUCGUGUAUAUUAACGUGCACAAAUCGCGUUGCGAUGCUUUGGUACUCGGGCCCCGUGGUCUCGGUGAUGUGACCCUCGUUCCGCUUUCCGAGCUUUCUUUGGAAAGAGCCCAGCAACUUCAGUUGCUCUGGAUCGAGCAAUUGCGCAUACGAGGGCGAUCUCGUGACUCGGAUCCAACGGACUCAUCUACCCCAUGGCUUCAACCGGCAGGUUCAGAUAUCGAUGAUAUUCGCCACUCAGCUCGAGUGGAUGACCAUCUUGCGCUGGAUAACCUUCUAGGACACUUGUGGACCUGGGUUGCGGACCCCGUAUUGAGGGCUCUGGACUUAACGGGAACGGUCCGGAAAGACGUUCAACCUCAUGUCACUUGGUGUCCGACCGGGGCGCUGACACGUGUGCCUCUUCAUGCCGCUGGCUUGUACAGCGAACCUAGCGGGCCGCGGGUGUUCAACUAUGUGGUUUCAUCAUAUGCGCCGUCCAUCGCGUCGCUCGCCCGUGCUUCAGCAGGCUUACAGAAGCAACAGUCCACCCCAACCUUACUCGUCGUGACGCAGCCUAAUACGCCAGGCCAAUCGCCUCUUCCGGGAACCGUGGCAGAGGGUCGUCAGCUCCAGCGAAUGUUUGGCGAGGCGCGGUUGCAAUGCAACGCGCUCAACCACAAACAAGCCACCCGCGAAGCUGUGCGCGCCGUCAUGGCUCGCGACACAUGGGCACAUUUCUCAUGCCAUGGUUCCCAGCACCCACGCGACGCGACGAAGAGCGCGUUCCAUCUCUACGACGGCCCAUUGACGCUCUCUGAUCUCAUGCAGACUGUCGCGGAUGAUGCCGAGCUCGCAUUCCUCUCCGCAUGCCAGACGGCGACCGGAGAUGCGAAUAAUCCAGAGGAAGCCGUGCACCUUGCCGCGGGCAUGCUAGCCGUCGGCUUCAAGGGCGUAGUGGCGACGAUGUGGUCCAUAGGAGAUGCCGACGCUCCAGUAGUUGUCGAAGCGUACUAUAAGAAGCUGUUGGAGAUGCGUAGUGCAGGUACGCUUGGGAAAGGGGAGACGGGCGCGGCGUAUGCGUUACACGAGGCGGUGAAGGUCUUGCGGGAUCGGGUGGGAGAGAGGGACUUCAGUAGAUGGGCGCCAUUCGUACAUUUUGGAGUGUAG